UCUGUUGCUUGUUUAGUUGACUUAAUGAUAUGAUUGGUUAGAUAACAAUGACUAGUUCUUUGAUCAAAAAAAAAAAAGAUAACAAUGACUAGUUUGAUAUGUUGCAGGGCUCAGUAACUGACCCAUUUGGUUCUCUGUUGUGUGUUUGUUCUUUUGAACAGGUGGGUUUGGUAGUUACUUGUUUGGGAUGAGUGAUGUUGUUGCAAAACAAUCCGCGGAAGCUAAUACAGCUAUGAACAUAAAGAAUCCUCAUUUGGGUUGGAUGAUUGGGUUUCUCUUUGUUGUUAGUUUUCUUGGUCUUUUCUCUGUUGUUCCCCUACGAAAGAUCAUGAUUGUGGACUUCAAAUUGACAUAUCCUAGUGGUACUGCCACUGCCCAUCUCAUCAACAGCUUCCACACACCUCAAGGAGCCAAACUCGCAAAGAAGCAAGUCAGAGCAUUGGGGAAGUUCUUCUCAUUCAGUUUCUUGUGGGGUUUCUUUCAAUGGUUCUUCACUUCUGGUGACGAUUGCGGUUUUGCUAACUUCCCUACAUUUGGUCUCAAAGCCUAUGAGAACAAGUUCUACUUUGAUUUCUCGGCUACAUAUGUUGGUGUCGGAAUGAUUUGCCCGUACCUAAUCAAUGUUUCUCUUCUCAUUGGAUCAAUCCUCUCAUGGGGUGUUAUGUGGCCUCUCAUUGGUAACCAAAAAGGCAAUUGGUAUUCUGCUGAACUUAAAGCAAGUAGUCUCCAUGGUCUUCAAGGCUACAAGGUGUUUAUAGCCAUAGCUAUGAUCCUAGGUGAUGGUCUCUACAACUUCAUCAAAGUCUUAGGCCGCACUAUCUUUGGUCUAUACAAGCAAUUCAAGAACAAAGAUGUUCUUCCCGUCAACGACCGUUCAUCACCAAACAUUGUAAAAAUUUCUUACGACGACAAAAGAAGAACAGAGCUUUUCCUCAAAGACAGAAUCCCAUCAUGGUUCGCUGUAAGCGGUUAUGUAGUCUUGGCUAUAGUCUCAAUCGUCACAGUUCCACACAUCUUCCAUCAGCUCAAAUGGUACCAUAUUUUGACCAUGUACAUAGUCGCCCCUGUCUUAGCCUUUUGCAACGCCUACGGUUGUGGACUCACUGACUGGUCCUUAGCUUCCACAUACGGAAAACUUGCCAUUUUCACCAUCGGAGCCUGGGCGGGUGCAGCCAAUGGAGGCGUCUUAGCCGGACUCGCGGCUUGUGGUGUCAUGAUGAACAUUGUCUCAACAGCUUCUGAUCUUAUGCAAGAUUUCAAAACCGGUUACAUGACAUUAGCCUCACCACGAUCAAUGUUCUUGAGCCAAGCUAUUGGAACCGCAAUGGGCUGUGUGAUAUCUCCUUGCGUCUUCUGGCUAUUCUACAAGGCAUUCCCAGACUUUGGCCAAGUCGGGACCGCCUAUCCAGCUCCCUACGCCCUAGUCUACAGAAACAUGUCUAUACUUGGAGUCGAAGGGUUCUCUGCUUUGCCCAAACACUGCCUCAUGCUGUGCUACAUAUUCUUCGCAGCAGCAGUGAUUGUGAACGGCGUAAGGGAUGCUGUAGGACCAAAGUGGGCUCGAUUUAUCCCCCUCCCGAUGGCUAUGGCUAUACCAUUCUACAUCGGAGGUUACUUCACAAUCGACAUGUGUGUGGGAAGUCUCAUAUUGUUCAUCUGGAGGAAGCUGAAUAAACCAAAGGCUGAUGCGUACUCUUCCGCUGUUGCUUCGGGUUUGAUCUGCGGUGAAGGCAUUUGGACAUUACCAAGCUCUAUACUUGCAUUGGCUGGUGUUAAACCUCCCAUCUGCAUGAAGUUCUUGUCCAGCUCUACCAACAUGAAGGUUGAUUCCUUCUUAAACCCAUCUUAACAUUCUCUUUUUCUCAAUUUGGUUUAGAGUUUGGUGUUUUUUGUUUUACGUUUCCUGUCUAGUUUUAAUUGGCUUUAUAGGUCUCCUGUCUUAAGUUGGUGGUGGUUAUUGUUAUUUCUUCUACUCAAAAAUGUAAAAAAAGAAGAAUGAUUGAAUAAUUUGUUUUUCUGGUUUCUCUGUU